UAAACCUUCACACAGGCAGGCAGGCAGGCAGGCCAUCCCCUGGCUGCCACAGCUGCUGUGCCGGUUGGGCCUGCCCUUAGAAAAGAGACAACCCAAAACUGCCCCCUCAACACACACAGACACACUGAAAAGGAGGCAGGCAGUCUUUCUGUUUCUAUCUCUCUAUCAUAUAACAACGACAGGACCAUCACUUUAACCUUCUGGAAUAUUCCUUCAUAUUUAAGUAGAGAGAGAGGGGACCAGAGAAGAGCUGUAAUAACAAAAUAAACAAACUUGGACACAAUAAUCAUUAGCCCAACUUCUGCCGGCCCAGCAGUACCUCCAUCUCCCCAGAGACUCCUCUUCCUCUCAGACAGACAGACAGACAGACAGACAGACAGACAGACAGACAGACAGACAGACAGACAGACAGACAGACAGACAGACAGACAGACAGACAGACAGACAGACAGACAGACAGACCAAUCCAGCCAGGUAAUCUGUCUUCUCCCCACCUGGUUUAGUGCCGGCCUAGUUAGGUGUCCAGUAUCUAGUUAGGUGUCCCUUAUCUAGUUAGGUGUCCAGUAUCUAGUUAGGUGUCCCUUAUCUAGUUAGGUGUCCAGUAUCUAGUUAGGUGUCCCUUAUCUAGUUAGGUGUCCAGUAUCUAGUUAGAUUUCCAGUAUAUCUUGGUCCAGCCCUGCUACCCAGUGCUCCAGUCUCUGCAGCCUAUACCCAGGCCCCUCCAGACCAGGCUUUCUCAGGUCCAGGUAUCCUUGCCAGGCCUACCGCCUAACCACCUCCAGAUAAGCCUUCGUGGCCUCCAUUCCUCUAGCCAGGUAGGCCCGCCAACCCCAGUACUCCAGUCUUGCUGCUCCACCCAGGCUCUUCCAGUCCAGGUCCAGCUAUCGCUGUCCGGCCCGGCCAUGGUUCUGUGUGAGGACAGGGAGUGUGGGGUGUGUUAUCAGCCCUACUCUCGUCAGGAUCGGAUCCCCCGGGUGCUCCACUGUAGACACACCUUCUGUGCCACCUGCUUAGAGACCAUGUCCCAGCCCAAGAGUGACAUGGUCACCGUGUGCUGCCCGCUGUGCCGCCAGACCACCUGUGUAGGGCGCGGCCUCAGCCUUCAGGAGGCGCUGUGGGUCAACUCUCGCCUCUGGGAAUACAUACCUGAGAGCAAAGAAGAGGAGGAGGAGGUGAAGGAAGAAGAAGAGGAGGAGGAGGAUGGGAAGGAAGAAGAGGAGGAGGAGAGAGUGGAGGCUGACAGACAGACACAGGCCUCCUCACAGGCAGAAUGCCCUACAUCGAAGCGCUCUAGAAAAAUGCUGAAAUUUCCGGCCUUCUUCAGGAAAUUCAGUCUGACAAAACCACAGCAUCAAGAGAGUCUUGUGCCUGGUUGUGGCAACGUGGAGAUGAAAUCCUGGCGCAGGCUUCCAACUGCUGACACUUUUUAGGUCGCGCUAGACGCAGGGAUGUACGUGUACUGUAUAAACAAUGGAGUGUUUACAGUUCCUCUCUGAUAUAAUAAUCUGCAUCUUUUGAACAAUGACGUGUAGAUUACCAGUUGACACCCACAGUCAACGGGCAACACUGUUAAAAGAACAGCUCAGAGACAGUUGGGUCUGUAUCCAAUAUGGCACCCUAGUCCCUACAGGCUCUGGUUAAAAGUAGUGUACUAUAUAGGGAAUAGGGUUCCAUAGGGCUCUGGUCUAAAGUAGUGCACUAUAUAGGGAAUAGGGUGCCAUAGGGCUCUGGUCUAAAGUAGUGCACUAUAUAGGGAACAGGGUGGCGUUUGGGACGUAUAUUUGGAGAAGCCAGUACGCGUCCAUGUGUGUAUUGACUCUGACAAGAUAGCCUUCAUUGUUGAGAAGCAGUGAAACCGCCCCCAGUGGUCCUGUCUUCUUCCCCAUUGGUUAUUUCAGCCGUAAUUCCCCACAGCUGGUGCAGUGGGAUUUGGUUCAGCUGUCUCUAGGACAGACGUCCCAGUGGAAGCCAGGGUACCCCCCUCCAACCACUCCCUCCUGCUGGCCCCCCCCCCCACCCCCCUCUUAACAGAUGGCCUCCCGAGGAUGACCCCCCCUCCACCCUCCUCCUUCCCCAGUGUCUGCAAACAGAGCGUUUAAUUUAUUAUCAGCUUUUGCAUUCACGUCAAUUUUUAAAAAAUAUAUUAUCUUUCAUAAUAAAAAAAAAUCAAUUUGAAAAUAUGAAAGUUUGUGUGUUGUUCUGUGUUCAUGGGGUUCAGAAGUAAUUUGACCUUUACACAGUGGUCUUUCAGUUGAUAAGGGGUUCAGUUUCACCGUGUGGUUGCACUCAGAUGGUCUGAGCACAGUCAUCUGCAUAGUUUCCUACACAACAUGCAUCCCCGGGCCAUCCCAGAGCCUUUCCUUUGAAUCCCCUCAUAAUA